AUGAGCGAUCGGAUUUAUAAUCUGGGGCUGGUUGCUGAAGAGCACGACCGCGCAAACAAGAGAUGUUGCGCCGCCUCCGCCUGGGUGCACCAGCGGGCAGCUGUCUCGUGCCGGGCGCGGCGUGGCUACUAUCGCCAGCUGGAUGCGCAGGCGGUCGAGGAGCUGGUUGCCCUGAGGCAGGGGCGACGCCCCAGGCUGGUGGCGCUGGCCACCCUGCAGCUGCAGCUGCCAGAGGCGCUGCGCCACGAGCCGCCGCGGCUGGAUAUGUGCAGGGCAUGCGCCGAGAUUCUCGAGCGGAUGAAGUCCAACGAGCAUGCUAUUUCAGUGCACUCGGCAAACGUGGAAGCUAUGUACCGGCUCAAGGGCAUGCUGCCAGCACCUGCCGCCGCCAGCUCCAGCCCAGAAGGCACCCAGCCAGAUCCAGGUCGGCGCGUUGAGGAGGGGGCUGCGGAUAACAGUUCUGUGGCGGCGCAACAGCAGCAAGAGAGCCAGCAGGAGUGCGAUGGUGGUGGUGCGCCCGACACGCCCAUGUGGCAGCAGCGGGAGCAGCCGCUGCGAGGGCGGCGUUCAGCAGCAGCUCAUCAGGAGCAGCCAGAGUGCACGGGAGCGGUGCAGGCACUGGGAUAG